GCGGACCUUCUUGAUCGUAUCGUAAUUCGUAAUUCGUAGUUCGUUGUUCGCUGUUGCAAUUCCAGCCCAUUUCAGUCCAGCGUCGAAGUUUAAGACUCAACAACAAAAUAAUUUACAUUACAACAUCUCCACCAGCUCCAUACAUUUGCUUCCUCUUCCUCUCCGCCUGCCAUAUACCUCAAUCCCCAUCGGUUAAUCGACACACGGGCUCGAGAAUGUCCAACACCGAUUUUCUCAGUCGAGCGAUCGACACGGUACAUCGCGCUGUGACCGCCGACAAGGAAGCCGAAUACGAAAAGGCCUAUCAACUCUACUACCAAUCCCUCGAGUUGUUUAUGCUGGCUUUAAAAUGGGAGAAGAACCCAAAGUCCAAGGAGAUGAUCCGCCAGAAAACUGGCGAAUACAUGGACCGCGCCGAGAAGUUAAAAGCUCAUCUCGCCGAUGCCGAUGCGAAGCGUAAGAAGCCUGGUCUGGUCGGUGCUAACGGCUCGUCGACAGGCGGGACGGGUAAGGGGAAGCAGAACGGUGAAGAGGGCGUUGAUGAGGAUAAUAAGAAGCUACGGAAUGCCCUCGCUGGUGCUAUUCUACAAGAUCGACCGAAUAUCAAAUGGGACGAUGUUGCUGGACUAGACGGCGCAAAAGAAGCACUCAAAGAGGCUGUAUUACUGCCUAUUAAGUUUCCUAAUCUAUUUCAAGGGAAACGCAAGCCGUGGAAGGGUAUUCUGCUCUACGGCCCUCCUGGUACGGGUAAGAGUUAUUUGGCAAAGGCGGUCGCUACAGAAGCAAAUAGCACAUUCUUCAGCGUGAGCAGUAGUGACUUGGUGAGCAAAUGGAUGGGUGAGAGUGAAAGAUUAGUCAAGCAACUCUUUGCUAUGGCACGAGAAAACAGACCCUCUAUUAUUUUUAUCGACGAAGUAGACGCUCUUUGCGGUCCUCGAGGCGAAGGCGAGUCGGAAGCUUCCCGAAGAAUUAAGACUGAGAUGUUGGUACAGAUGGACGGUGUUGGUAAAGAUUCGACAGGUGUGCUAGUAUUGGGUGCAACCAACAUCCCCUGGCAAUUAGACGCUGCCAUUCGAAGACGAUUCCAACGAAGAGUACACAUCAGCCUGCCGGACAUUGCUGCAAGGACUACUAUGUUCAAGCUAGCUAUUGGAGAAACACCUACUACACUGAAGAACGAGGACUAUCGAGAAUUAGCAAAGCUCGCUGAGGGUUAUUCAGGAAGCGAUAUCACCAUUGCUGUACAAGACGCCCUCAUGCAGCCAAUACGCAAGAUUCAACAAGCCACACAUUUCAAAGAGGUACAAAAAGACGGCAAGACACUCGUAACACCAUGCUCGCCAGGAGACCCUCAGGCGAAAGAGAUGACGUGGGACGACAUCGAUCCAGAGAAGCUACUCGAACCACUAGUCGACUUCAAAGACUUUGUAAAAGCUAUCAAGUCGUCAAGGCCAACGGUGUCGGAAGAGGAUCUUAAGCGUAAUUCGGAAUGGACUAAGGAGUUUGGAAGCGAAGGGAACUAGGGGGGAAGGCUACGGAGCGCACCGGCAUUACCAGGCGUUUUGGGCGAACUUCAUCAUUGUUUGGGCACUUUGCGACUACCUGUUCGAGUUCGUUGGCCGUUGAAAUACGUAUGAUUGUUUGUGCUAGAUAUCAUAGUAACCAAUAAUUACUCAUACCUCUA